CAGCAGACCGAUACUGCCCUUCUGGAGCCCCAGGAGGAGAUGGCGAUAUGCAAAUACUACGAAAAGCGGUUGCUGGACUUCUGCGCCGUCUUCAAGCCUGCCAUGCCGAGAUCCGUGGUGGGAACAGCUUGCAUGUAUUUCAAACGCUUUUACCUCAAUAACUCAGUGAUGGAGUAUCAUCCUCGGAUAAUAAUGCUAACAUGUGCAUUUUUGGCCUGUAAAGUAGAUGAAUUUAACGUGUCCAGUGCACAGUUUGUUGGUAACCUUCGAGAAAGCCCUCUUGGACAGGAAAAAGCUCUUGAGCAAAUACUGGAAUAUGAACUCCUGCUUAUUCAGCAACUGAACUUCCAUCUUAUCGUUCACAAUCCAUACAGGCCAUUUGAGGGAUUUCUAAUUGAUUUGAAGACUCGCUAUCCAAUGCUGGAAAAUCCCGAAGUUUUGAGGAAAACAGCUGAUGACUUCCUCAAUCGAGUGGCUCUGACAGAUGCCUAUCUGCUCUUUACUCCCUCACAGAUAGCUCUCACUGCUAUAUUGUCUAGUGGUUCAAGAGCAGGAAUUAAUAUGGAAAGUUAUUUAUCAGAAAGUCUUAUGCUGAAAGAAAACGGAACAUCCUUAGCCAAGCUACUGGAUGGCAUGAAAG